AUGCGUUCGACGGGAGGAUCUUCCACGCAGACCGUCACCAUCACUAGGAGAGCUGGUGGUGGUGCCAAGAAAAGACCACAGAGAAAGAUAGCGACUCUGCGCAAUGUGGCGGCCCUGGUCUGUGUGGUACUGGUGCUCGUCUACGUAUCAGUGGCGGUGUUGCUCCGAAUCAGUGCCGAGGUCCAGUCGCACCUCAUCUUCCUCCACUACGUCAGAAUACCCUUCUUCGGUAACCUCAGCGACCCGGCGGAGCUGGGCGUCAGAAACGCCAGGAACUACGACCUGAUGCAAUACGACGGGUGUCCGGUUAGCACCUGGCACAUCUUACCGGACACCUAUCCGGACAACGUUACUGAGAGUCAGGCCUACAUCUCCGCUCUCUCUGACGGUGCCCCCAUAGUGCUGUAUCUCCACGGGAAUACCGGGACAAGGGGGACGAGGCACAGGAUAGAGGCCUACCAGUCGCUCACCAGACGAGGCUAUCACGUGAUUGCCUUUGAUUACAGGGGCUACGGGGACUCUCAGUGCGUCCCAAGUGAGAGAGGUAUGAUGGAGGACGCGCUACUCGAGUGGGACUGGAUCCAAUCUCACUCCCCACACAGCCCGGUGUACAUCUGGGGACACUCCCUGGGCUCAGCAGCUGCCACUUACCUAGCCAAAGAGAUCUGGGCACGCAGACACACAUACCCUAAAGGAGUCGUUCUAGAUGCUCCCUUUACUUCCAUGGUCGACGCUGCCUCAAACCAUCCGUUUGCAAUUCCCUACUGGCCUAUCAUGAGCGUCUUCCGCUACCUCGUUCUGGAGAGCUUUCACCAAAGAUUUGAGUCUGAGUUGCGGCUGAUAAGCUUCCCUUUCCCCCUCCUCAUUGCUCACGGACACAGCGAUGUCAUCAUACCAUUUCACCUCGGCCAGAGGAUGUACGAGACAGCCCUAGAGGCUCGCAGAAGGAACCCUUACAUGAGUAAGAGAGCCUAUUUUGUUGACUGCGGAAGAAGCACCCACAAGACUAACUUUGAGAGUGGAGACUUGCAACAUGCCCUUGAUCAUUUCAUUGACAGGAAGUGA